CACCGUCCAAUCAGAGAGCGGCAGUGUGUGCGUCUCUCUGCAGCCGCAGUCGAGGAGCUGGAGAAACACAGCAGGACGGCGAGAGGAAAGGACGGCUCAUAUGUGUAUGAGAUAACAGCAGGGUGGGCUGCGGCGUGAGCAGCGAUGGGCGAGAUUGAGGGGACGUAUCGGACGCUGCAGACGCCGGGCACCCGCCUGGGCUCGCAGUUCAAUGCGGGCAUCAGCACCCUGGAGCCAGGGCAGAGCCUCAGCACGGCUAUGGGUUCCGGGGGCAAAGGUCACUGCAAGGGCCUGCAGAUCCGCGUCCAGGGCCUGGACGAUGCUCAGGAGUUCUUCGAUCUGGAGUCUAAGGCAGACGGGCAGACCGUCCUCACUGACGUAUACCGGAGGAUCAACCUGAUCGAGAGCGAUUAUUUUGGUCUGGAGUUCCAGAAUCUGCAAAUGAACUGGGUCUGGCUGGAGCCCACCAAGCUCAUCGUCAAACAAGUGCGGCGGCCAGUGAACACAUUGUUUCGGUUGUCAGUGAAGUUCUUCCCGCCUGAUCCCGGUCAGCUUCAGGAGGAAUUCACCAGGUACCUGUUCUCACUGCAGAUGAAGAGGGAUUUGAUGGAAGGCAGACUGUACUGCACCGAGAACACCGCUGCCCUGCUGGCGUCUCACCUGGUCCAGUCGGAGAUUGGGGAUUAUGAUGAAGUUGCGGACCGGGAGUUCCUAAAGCUGAAUAAACUGCUGCCUCAUCAGGAGCAUCUGCAGGACAAGAUAAUGGAGCUUCACCGUAGACACCUGGGUCAGACUCCAGCUGAGUCAGAUUUCCAGGUUUUGGAGAUCGCUCGGAAACUGGAGAUGUACGGCAUUCGCUUCCACCCGGCGGCCGAUCGAGAGGGAACCAAGAUCAACCUGUCCGUCGCACACAUGGGUCUGCUGGUCUUCCAGGGCAACACCAAGAUCAACACCUUCAACUGGUCCAAGAUUCGCAAACUAAGCUUCAAAAGGAAGCGGUUCCUAAUUAAACUUCACCCAGACGUUCAUGGUCCUCACCGGGACACGCUGGAGUUCCUGAUGGCCAGUCGAGACCAGUGUAAGAUAUUCUGGAAGAGCUGCGUGGAACACCACUCCUUCUUCCGUCUGCUGGAUCAACCACAGCCUAAAUCCAAAGCCAUCCUCUUCACCAGAGGAUCAUCCUUCAGAUACAGUGGGCGCACCCAGAAGCAGUUGGUGGAUUAUGUGAGGGACAGUGGGCUAAGAAGAACAUCCUACCAAAGGAGGAACAGUAAGAUCCGUAUGUCCACUCGCUCUUUGGCCACGGAUAUACCUAAACAGAAUCUGUCCUUCAACAACAGUCUCAGGACCGCUUCACCCUCCUCCGCCACUGUGUCCUUCCACUCCCUGCACUCCCCCAGUUCUCCAGUGCGGAUGAUGGAGACCCUUAGCCAGACUCAACUCCAACAGAGCCAGCCUCAGCUCCAUCAGAACCAGCUUCAGCACCAGCAGAACCAGCAGCAGCAGCUCAGACCCCCCAGCCCAGUGAAGGAGGAGCCUCUCAAGACCAACCCCCCGCCUAACUACGCCUUCCCAGGUCCUGUGAUUGACAGCCCCCAGAUCUCCCCCUUCGGCUCCAAGAGCGCCCUGUGCAUGUCUCCCUCCUUCCAGAUGUCCACUCUCAGCCUGCCCGGCCAGGCGCCCUCGCCCCUGCAGAGCCCCAGCCUGAACGAGGUGGGCACUGCCAGGCUAGAGGUGGAGGACGAGGUCAGGAGGAAGAGGUAUCCCACCGAUAAGGCCUAUUUCAUUGCCAAAGAGAUUCUGAUGACAGAGAGAACCUACCUUAAAGACCUGGAGGUUAUAACAGUGUGGUUCCGCAGUGCGGUGAUUAAAGAGAACGCGAUGCCCGAGGGCCUGAUGACUCUGCUGUUCUCUAACAUUGACCCCAUCUAUGAGUUCCACCGAGGCUUUCUCAAAGAGAUCGACCAGAGGCUGGCACUCUGGGAGGGGCGCUCUAAUGCUCAUGUAAAGGGAGAUUACCAGAGGAUUGGAGACGUUAUGCUAAGGAACAUGUGCGCCCUGAAGGAGUUCACCAGUUACCUGCAGAAGCAUGACGAGGUUCUGACUGAGCUGGAGAAGGCGACGAAGCGUGUGAAAAAGCUGGAGACGGUGUAUAAGGAGUUUGAGCUGCAGAAGGUCUGCUACCUUCCCCUCAACACCUUCCUCCUCAAACCCAUCCAGAGACUCAUGCACUACAAACUGAUCCUCGAGCGUCUCUGUAAACACUACUCCCCCGAGCACAAAGACCACCACGACUGCAGAGAGGCUCUGAAGGAGGUAGCAGAGAUCGCCACUCAGCUACAGAGCAGCCUGAUCCGCCUGGAGAACUUCCAGAAACUGACGGAGCUCCAGCGGGAUCUGAUCGGCAUCGAGAACCUCACCGCUCCUGGCAGGGAGUUCAUCAGGGAAGGCUGUCUCUACAAGCUCACCAAGAAAGGCCUGCAGCAGCGGAUGUUCUUCCUGUUUUCAGAUAUGCUCCUGUACACCAGUAAAGGUGUCACCGCCACCAACCAGUUCAAAGUUCACGGCCAGCUUCCUCUCCACGGCAUGAUCCUCAUUGUACUGGAUGCUCCGGUGGAGGAGAGUGAGAAUGAGUGGUCAGUCCCGCACUGCUUCACUAUCUACUCAGCGCAGAGGACCAUCGUAGUGGCUGCGAGCUCUAAGUUGGAGAUGACUAAGUGGAUCGAGGAUCUGAACAUGGCAAUAGACAUGUCGAAGAAAUCUCAGGAGAAAUCCGAUCUGCUGCUGGACCCCAGCCUGUGUGACCGAUCCAACAGGUCGUCUGAUGAGGUAUCUUUGGAGCAGGAGUCGGAGGAUGAUGUAAACUCGUCCCGCUGCUCUCUGGACAAACAGAGCCACCACCGAGCCAACACCACCAUGCACGUGUGCUGGCACCGCAACACCAGCGUCUCCAUGUCUGACCACAGCCUAGCCGUGGAGAACCAGCUGUCUGGAUACCUCCUGAGGAAGUUCAAGAACAGUAAUGGAUGGCAGAAGCUGUGGGUGGUCUUCACUAACUUCUGCCUGUUCUUCUAUAAGACACACCAGGAUGACUUCCCUUUGGCCAGCCUUCCACUGCUGGGCUACACGGUCAGUACUCCUGGGGAAGCAGACAGCAUCCAUAAGGAGUACGUCUUCAAGCUGCAGUUCAAGUCACAUGUUUACUUCUUCAGGGCGGAGAGCGAGUAUACCUUUGAAAGAUGGAUGGAGGUGAUAAAGAGUGCAGCCAGCACGGCAGGCCGGGUCAGUCUACUCAUCCCUAAAGGCCCGGGAGAGCUGAACGGGAACUGAAUCUCGACGAGCUGGAGCUGACUGUACUCCUGGAGCUGGGGGCUGGGCCCUGCAGACUGCCAGGACUCAAUAUGGCAUUGUUUAAUUUAAUCUUCUUUAAUCUUCAUGGCUCCUAUCUUCAUCAUCAUCAUUAUCAUCUUCAUUAACUCUCACGCCUCUAGGAAACCUUGGCUUUUUGGGAAUAGGAGAUGCUCACAGAGGUGCCCACAGAGGUGCCCACUGACCUGAAGGAGCCUCUUUAUCUUGGUCUUUUUAGCCUUUGGGAUGAAAACAGAGCUCCACCCUCACCCCGUCAACAUUUAACAGAACUUUUACCAAGUUCUGCAUAGUGUUCUAGAACCGUUAUAAAACCACACAUGGCUGUUAUUGUUGUAUUCAGGCUUUUGCUCUCGUCCCUCACAUUUCAUUAAAACGGCCAGACCAUCAUCUCACAACAUGGAUCAUUACGCCAGACAGGGUCGUCUCACGUUUUUAAGCGAAUAAGAGCUUCCUGGAUGGAUUGUAGCGUCAAAACAUGCACUCAUUUUGCACAAAAUCAACAAGAAACCCAUUUUUUUUAUGUAUUUUAUUAUAGUUUUCUUAUUGGGAGAUCAGUUACUGGAAUGAGCUGGAAGGAAUAAUGGGCUGGAGAGGGUCUGAAUUAAGUCUGGAUGGUGAAAAGUAAGUGAACAGGGUGAAGCAGGUACAGAUACCUGUGCCUGCCUGGAAGCAGAGCCACAAUAUAAUGUGGUCCAGAGGAAACAGUAGGAUGGCACAAGCUUAGAACUCAGAACGUUGGUGUAUGUAAGAUUAAAUUAAUUGGUAAAAUGGGAGAAUAUCUAUUAGGGGUGGGCAAUGUGACAGUAUUUUAUCGUAUUGAUGAUGAUGAUGAUACGUUUCUAAGUAUAUCAUGGAUAUUAUCACUACAUUAUUAUUAUAAUAAUAAUAAUAAUUAUUAUUAUUAUUAUUAUUAUUAUUAUUAUAGAGUGCACAAUAAUUAGUCAAGUUGAUUGAAACUACUGGAACAAUUUUUUUUAGUAUAUAUUAGAAAUUUACCGACGUUAAAAGAUUUUGCCCAAAACUAAACAAAAUAAAACAUUUUGGCAGACACAUUUUUUUAAAGGUUUUUAAUCAUGCCACUUUUGCAGAAAUUAAAUUAAAAUAAUAAUUCCUUUUACUACCGAACUUCAGUAUGGCCUAAUAAAUUACUCAUUGUUCAAUAAAUUAUAUUAUACAUAUUCAUACGAACACCAAAAGUGUUUUUUGCCAUUUUGGACCAAAUAAUAUCAGUUGCCCAAUAUUUGGUGCUAGUAAAUAUCAUUAUACUCAGUAUGAGAAAGUAUUUAAAAGUAGCAGUCUCUAAGAAUCUGCUGUUGCUGAUCGUGAUAAGUAUUGCAUAUUGUGAAAAUGUCUUUAAAUAUUGUGAUUUUUUUUUUAACCAUAUCGCCCACCUCUAAUGCCAAUCACUCACUUUCUUUUUCUCUUAUUUACUCAAAAAGAAAUGAAAAAAUGUUACAAAGCAAGAGAGACACCAGAGAUGAAACUGAAAUUUUAAGUAAUGCCAGAUGUUUGUCAAAAAGUGAGUAAGUGUUGAAAGAAAGUGCUCAAAAGUGUGUAAUACAGUAAGUGUGCAGUGAGAUUCGAGUACUGUUAUUUUAAAACUGUCUUAUUAGGAGCAUUUUCACACAAAUCCAGAAGUGUGUUACAUUUGUAUUCUGCACAUUUAGUCUAAUUCCUUUUGGUUUCAUUCUGCAGUUUAGUGUCUGAGAACAUCACCUACAUGGGUGAAGCAGAAUAGGUGUAAAAGAUUUCCCUCAUUUUCCUUUUUUUCUGUUUAUAAAUAAGGUAAUCUACAGUUAGAGUAGAUACAGUAAUCACCAGCAUAAUUAAGAAUUCUCAUCUAAUGUUUCUGUAUUAGCAUAACUGGUUAGAAAAAUACAGAAACAGGGCUUGUUUAUUCUUUAUUUAACCACCAGGGGGAGUCAGAGUCAGUGUCUGAUUUGCACACAGUUUAUUCAUCAAUACAGUCCUGCCACAUUUCCCACAACCCAAUGGCAACAAAUCCAGGUCAAUUGAUAUCAAUUGAAAAUCAUUUUUUAUAUAAACACAUUUCCAGGUCCAUCAGUUCUGACUUCAUCUCUGGCCCUUUUGAUUCUGAAGAUGAGGCUUCAGUUUCUUACAUUUUCAUUAGAACUGCUUCAGUAAGCAUAAGAUGCAAAAGAGGUAAUUAAUUACAAUUAUAAUCAGAAAAAAGGUCAACUGAUCCAUGUGAUGUUUUUUCUUUUUUACAGGUCAAAGUAAGAUGUAUAUUUACAGAUCGUGCUCUAAAUAACCUGUAUUACUAAAUCCUUUGCUGUUGCAAGGCCAGUUAUAUAUAUUUUUUGAAUAUAUUAUAUGUGGUGGUUCAUGGCAAAUCUGUUUUAGCGUAAUAUUACACCAGAGAUACGAGUCGUUACUUAGUUUUUACUGGUACAAACUCAAAUUAAAAUAAUCAAAUAUUUAACAGUAAUCAUUUCUGAUCUACAGAUCUUCCAAGUCAAGUAUGACUAGUCACAUGACCCGAAUCACAAAUACUUAAUGUAAUUCUGACUAAUCGUGUGUUACAAUUGAUUUACAUGGUUGUUUACACCCCAUGGUUACAUGGGGUGUAAAAUGCCAUGUAAAUCAAUUGUAACUAGGGAUGCACUGAAUAAAACUACUUGUCUGGAACGUAAACCAAACUAUUUUUACAGGUUUUCAUGUAUUUUUACAAUUUUCUCAUCACUGAAUAAAUUAUUUUUAUGUUGCUUUUUUUUUAAAAAAAGGUGAUAAAUAUACAGCUUAAUAUUUCUUAUCAUACAUUAGUCAUUAAUUGCUAUAAAUUAUUCUUAAACUUUGCACUGUACAGUAAGGAUACCUCAAUUUUCAGGACUUAGAAUGGUAAUAUAAAUUACACUAGUUUACACUAGUUAAGAUAUUAGUAAACAUUUAAUAAAUCUGAAUACUUUUGAAUGUUUGACAUACAGGUAAAUUAACUAAUAAUGAUGUUCAGAUGUUUUUGUAAUGAUUAAUAAUGUCUUAACUUGUUUAUAAAUAAUUAAUUCAUUCAUUCUGUUGUAAGUACUGGUAAUUAAUGUAGCCUUAUUGUAAAGUGUUACUUAUUAUUCUCUAAUUAUUCUCUAGUCUCUUAUUAUUUAUUUGGCAGAUGUGGAAAGUGCUUUAUUUACCAUUUUCCGCUAAAUAAUUUGGUUUGCCAAAUAUUCAGUGCACCCCAAAUGUUGGUAGUAACACAGUUUGACUAGCCACAAUUAUUUUAAAUAUAUGUUGUCUUAGUCAUGUGACUAGUCUGAAAGACUGUUUAGGCUUGUAGAUCUUAACAUUUUAACGAAUAAAUAAUAAUCAUUAUUACAGAAAUGUUAAAUUUGAGUGUUUAUCAGGAAAAGCUGGUCCAUGCCUCAAACCGCUGGUGUGAUAUUAUGCUAAAAAAGUUAGCCAUAGUGUUUUUCAUACGGUGAAGCUAAAAAGGCUAAAGGGCUUAUUUUUUAUAUGGGAGUUUUUGAUGUAGCCAUGUUGUUAUGUUUACUUAUACGGGCUGGGCUUAACUGUAACUUAACUAUACUGUACGUUAUUUGGGAGAAUUUGAUGUGUUACCCAUAAAUGGGUCGUAGUCUAUGCUAGGAUCUCUGUUACUUUGGUUUGUUGAAUAUGCUGUACAAGCCUCUCAAGUUGUGCUUAUUCUGUAGUUCUCGGUAUGCCCAAAUUUGGCACUCUUAUUUUCCUCUAAUGUUGAUUUAUUU